CUCAUAUUUAUUUCCCAAAUAUGUCAUCUGUCAUUAAUUUACCGCCACUAUUAUUGACAACGGCCAACGUUAUUAGAUUGCAUCAUGGCGUCUUCCGAAGGUACUGGAGUGACUACUGGUCAACCAAAUUUACACAAACAAGAUUUAUCUAAAUUGGAUGUUAAAAAGUUAACAGCGUUAUCUCCGGAAGUUAUUAGUAGACAAGCUACUAUUAAUAUUGGUACAAUUGGGCAUGUAGCCCAUGGUAAAUCCACUGUAGUUAAAGCUAUUUCUGGGGUACAAACUGUUAGAUUUAAAAAUGAAUUAGAAAGAAACAUAACAAUUAAAUUAGGUUAUGCCAAUGCUAAAAUCUACAAAUGCGACAAUCCCAAAUGUCCAAGACCGUCUUGUUUUAUAUCUGGAAGUUCGUCGAAAGAUGACAAUUUUCCUUGUUUACGUCCUGCUUGUUCUGGUAGAUUCCAAUUAGUGAGACAUGUUAGUUUCGUCGAUUGUCCCGGUCACGACAUCCUUAUGGCAACCAUGCUUAACGGAGCCGCUGUUAUGGAUGCAGCACUAUUACUAAUAGCAGGGAAUGAAUCUUGUCCGCAACCGCAAACUAGUGAACAUUUGGCCGCUAUUGAAAUUAUGAAGCUGAAACAUAUUCUCAUACUACAAAAUAAAAUAGAUCUCGUGAAAGAAGGACAGGCAAAAGAACAACACGAACAAAUUGUAAAAUUCGUGCAAGGUACCGUAGCAGAAGGAGCUCCAAUCAUUCCUAUAUCAGCUCAACUUAAAUACAACAUUGAGGUAUUGUGUGAAUAUAUAACCAAGAAAAUUCCGAUACCGAUGAGAGAUUUUACAUCCGAGCCUCGUUUAAUCGUCAUCAGAUCUUUCGACGUUAAUAAACCCGGUUGCGAAGUAAACGAUUUGAAAGGCGGAGUUGCUGGUGGAAGUAUUUUAAGAGGAGUUUUGAAAGUUGGACAAGAAAUCGAGGUUAGACCCGGUUUGGUUAGUAAAGAUUCCGAAGGAAAAUUGGCGUGUCGUCCAAUUUUUUCGAGGAUAGUUUCGCUUUACACUGAACAAAACGAACUUCAGUUCGCCGUUCCCGGCGGAUUGAUCGGUGUAGGUACCAAAAUCGAACCUACUCUAUGUAGAGCUGAUAGAUUGGUCGGUCAAGUUUUAGGUGCUGUGGGAGCACUACCGAGUAUCUUCACCGAACUGGAGGUGAGUUACUAUCUGUUGAAACGAUUGCUUGGAGUCCGUACCGAAGGCGAUAAAAAAGGUGCUAAAGUUCAAAGGUUAUCCAAGAGCGAAGUACUUCUCGUUAAUAUCGGUUCGCUUAGUACCGGAGGACGAGUGGUCGCUACUAAAGCGGAUUUAUGUAAAAUCGCUUUAACGAAUCCGGUGUGUACUGAAAUUGGUGAAAAGAUUGCCCUCAGUCGGCGCGUUGAAAAACAUUGGCGUCUCAUAGGUUGGGGCCAAAUCCGCGGAGGGGAAACCAUCGAACCUACUACCAACUAAGGUUUUUUUAAAUAUUUAUACCGGUCGUUUCAGGACACUUUUAAAUAGCUAUCUUUUUUUUUGUUUUUAUAUAAAAUCGUUUUAUUGAAAAAAUAGAUUAAUUUAUAUACAUAUAUACAAGUUGGUGUACUGAUAGUUAUCGGAAACUAAAAUACAAUGACUAGGAAACAAAUUUAUGUUCUAUUUUCACCCCGAGUCGAAGUUAAGGCUUCUUAUAGUUGUGCUGGUCCUUAAUGAAACAUCAACCGAGUUAUCCGGUUCUCUUUUCAAUAAUAAAGUGAUUGAGGUUAUGUAAAAACUGAAUUUUCAUUUUUUAUGAUUUCAAGAUCGGUAUUGAUGGUAGUGGUCUGUUACUGACUAUGGAUUUGGGUGUGAACCGGUUUAUUUCUUUGACUUGUACAUCGAUAGCGACCUUGAUGGAUCGGACAAUAAACCGUACGAUCUUAUCGUAUUUAGAAGGUCAACUUUCCAAACCUUGUCAAAAGCCUUUGAUAUGUCCAAUGCAUUGCUCUUGAUUCCCCAUAUUUCUCUAUAGCUUCAAUCCAUAUGUUAAUGACAUAGACCAGAAGAUCCCCAGUUGAUUGAUGUUUAUGAAAUUCGUAUUGAUGGUGGCUAAUGUUAGCAGACUCAAGAUUUGUUGGUUAAAGACUCUCUCAAUGACCUUGGCAAUAGCUGGGACUAAAGCAAUCGGAUGGUGAUUGUUGGGAACCGUCUUAUUAAGAUUUGCCGUAUCUCAAUGUCGAGAUUCUAUAUCUGGUAUCAAAGAACCAACUGUAGACAGGCUCGGUGGUAGUUUUACGAACCAAGAGUUGAAUUUGAAUCGAACUUUCAACCCCACAAGUCCGCAUUCUCUUUUGCUAGUCACUGCGAUUGAUCCAUCUGCUCCUGUUAACGUUGAAGUUUUUUUGUUUUAAUUACAAAAACCUCGCUGAUGGUGUUAGUAGACAUGAGAUUUGUUAGUUAACGACUCUCUCAAUGACCUUGGCAAUGACUGGGACUAAAGCAAUCUUAUGAUAGUUGUUGAGAACCGUCUUUUUUUCUUUGUUUUUUUUUGUAUGGGUUGAAACCAAGCUAGUUUCCAAUCUGCGGGGAAAAAGACUUCUUUUAUAUGAUAGGGAGAGGAGUUGUUAGUUCAGAUGCGCAUUUCUUAAAUAAAAUUGGUGGUAUUCCAUCGGGGCUAAUGGCUUUAUCGAUAUUAAAGCCUUUAAGAAGUUUUGCCAUAUCUCUGUGUCGAAAUUCUAUAUCUAGCAUCGAUGAACCAACUCUAGACAUUCCGCGGUUACUACGUUUGACUCAUCUUCUCCGGCCAACGAUGGACUUUUGACUUACAAAAGCCGUUACUGAUCGCUUUUGUUACAGACCAGAAAGAGCUUAAUCCUUAUAGUCAUUACAAAGUUUCAAUGGGGUGAAAUAUAAAUUUAAGCGUAUGAGAGGUUGCCUGCUCGAUUUUCAGGUAUAAAUAUAAUUCAAACACCAGUUUUUCUCUAUUAAGUUUCAGAUAAGACGAUUUACUUAAAAUAAUGGUAAGUAUUCUGUGUUGCAUAAAUUUUUAGGUUAGUAAAAAUAGGGUUUUGUAAGGGGGUUUGACUAUUGAAAAGUUUGAGAUUAAAAAUAAACCAUAUUUAAAUAAAAAAAAAUAUAUUUCAUAAUAACAUAACAAGGAAAGUAUUUACAAAAAAUGGAAGUUAGGCACAGAAGAUAGAUUUUUGAGCUGGCAGUGUACCACCUUACUUAUGUAAAAUAUGUACAUACUUUUAUUUGAGAUGUUUUAUAAAUUUAGAUCGAUAAAUCACAUUAAAUUGAGUUAAUAAUUUUGUA